UAAAAUGGAGCGCGUCGGCGCAUAGUUGCGUGAUAAGUCAUUGGUGUGGGCGCGUCAAAUGUUUUAAACAUAAAGUCGAGCAGCAGACCCGUGUAGUAUUCGUGUUAAAUAAUGAACAAUAAUUUGUGGAAUAAAAGAGGCCAGGGGGCGGACGGUGAGCUGUAAUAGAUGUUUAUUGGGGAAUCGGUAAACCCGGACUGCGACCAAGCCGUCGUAUGUGCGGAUAUACGUGUGUAAUAAGAGUUCGGUCGGUACUUGGGGCCUCCGUCUUCUGUCGUUGGCUGCACUCGGUGCACGGGGCGGGCGGUUCCCACACGCAAUACAAGGCGAAGCAACAAGUGUCACCCGGAGUUUGAUUCGACCGAUAUACGAUUUGCGGCGCCGAUCUUAUCCUGGCCGAUUUCACGCCGACCGUACUUCUGCCAGGCGUUCCAGUCACUCGAAACGAGGACUAUUUGAACGAUUUAUUGAACGUGAUAUAGCAAAGAAUCGAAAAAUGGGAUGCGCCGUAAGCACUACCGGCGACAAGGAGGCUGCCGAGAGGUCUAAGAAAAUUGACAAAGAUCUCAGAAUGGAUGGCGAACGCGCUGCCAGCGAGGUCAAACUCCUACUUCUUGGUGCUGGAGAGUCCGGAAAAUCGACGAUCGUUAAACAGAUGAGAAUCAUUCAUGAAACCGGGUACAGUAAAGAAGAAUGCGAAGAGUAUAAACCGGUUGUUUAUAGCAAUACUAUACAGAGUCUAAUGACAAUUAUCAGAGCCAUGGGUCAGCUAAGAAUUGAUUUUGCAGACCCAAAUAAGGUGGAUAUUGCUAGGCAAUUUUUCACUCUAGCAUCGGCAGCAGAGGAGGGUGACCUGACGGGAGAGCUAGUUUUAUUAAUGAAGAGAUUAUGGCAGGACGCAGGAGUACAACUUUGUUUCACACGUAGCAGAGAAUAUCAGCUCAAUGAUUCGGCGGCAUAUUACCUCAAUGCUCUUGAUCGCAUUGCCCAACCCCAUUACAUACCGACACAACAGGAUGUUCUCAGGACCAGAGUCAAAACGACAGGAAUCGUUGAAACGGAGUUUUCGUUUAAAGGGAUUGACUUCAAAAUGUUUGAUGUUGGUGGACAAAGAUCAGAACGUAAAAAAUGGAUUCACUGCUUCGAGGGGGUAACAGCGAUAAUAUUCUGCGUUGCACUGAGUGGUUACGAUUUAGUCUUGGCCGAGGAUGAGGAGAUGAACAGGAUGAUAGAAUCAAUGAAGUUGUUCGAUUCGAUAUGUAACAGUAAAUGGUUUGUCGAUACGUCGAUAAUUCUGUUUUUAAACAAGAAAGAUCUGUUUGAGGAUAAAAUAACGAGGAGCCCUUUGACCAUAUGCUUUCCUGAAUAUAAAGGGCCGAAUACAUACGAAGAUUGCGCAUCAUACAUUCAAAUGAAAUUUGAAAACUUGAACAAAAGAAAGGACCGUAAAAAAAUAUACACGCACUUCACAUGUGCGACUGACACCAAUAACAUUCAAUUCGUAUUUGAUGCUGUGACUGAUGUUAUAAUUAAGAACAACUUGAGUAACUGCGGCUUAUUAUUAAGCUGAACAAUUUCAGAAUCCGUCGAUGAUGCCGAUUAAAUCAAAACAUUCUGAAUCCGCGACACGUCUAUAAUUUUCACCUCUAAUACUGGUUAUUAAUGGUUGAUAAAUAGAGGGCGUUCAUCAGUUUGGAAUGCUUUAAAAACUCGUGCGAAUUGUCUGUCCGGAUCAAAAAUAUAAAUUUUUCACCAAAUCUCAUCAGGCAUUUAGUUUUUAGACAUUAGGUGUUUAAUUAAAAUCUCCAUUCCUAGUACGCGAUACUUAAUCAAAAUGAAUCUAAUUUAAAUCAUAAUCCACGUUUGAUAGAAAAAAACUAAUUUUUUUUUUUUUUUUUUUUCGAAACGCAUGUUUUUACCGCACAGAAUCUCCGCGCAAAACUCGUCUUUAUAGUUUAUAGAAAAUCAUAGCAUGGCACUUUUCUAAUGUUUCUUUUUUUUUAUACUUUGUAUAUUAGACGUAAAUUAGCUUUAUUGCGCAUAAUAUACUCGAUAUAUCGUUUUAAUAACAAACUAUAACGCGGUCGUCUUUUGUCAGUUUCUGAACACCAAUUUUUAAUGUCUGGAAUUAUUAAUCAAAAAUUGAUGAGAUCGUAGGGUGCUUAAAAAGACUGUGUAUUCAGUAUUUCAUUUUUUGUUUCUACUUUUAAAUUGGAAGAUUUUAUUAUUCUAUUUCGGCCAAAAAUAACACGACAGAGAGAAAGCGUCGUAAAACCCGAAACUUCUCGCGAAAAUUUUAAUAAAAAUAUUUAAACGUCAUUGAAAAAAAUGUAUAAAAGUUUUACUGAAUUGAAAGAAAACUAUGUUUCCUCAAAUUGAAUAAAAAACCAAGCGAUUUUAAACAACAAUUUAUCAUUGUUUAACUGGAAAUUGACAACGUGCCUUUUUUUCGCUUCAUCGUACAAGUUUCUAUGAUUUUUUCGAUGAUGUUUGAUGAAAUUCAUCGCCGUAAGCCAGAUUGCAAGAAGAUAAAACCAAUAUUAGACUAGAUAUAUGAAACUUUUUUUAAACACCCUAGAUGUAUGUAUGUCUUUUAAGUAGCUCCAGCAAAUUUGGUUUUGUUCCGAUCGUGUUGUAGUUUAAAAAAUAGUCUGAAACAAUCGUCUCUGUAUAUAAUUUAUUAUAGUGGAAGAAGAAAGAAAAAUGAAAGAAAAUGUUGCAAAAAAAAAAGAAAAAGAGAAAGAGAAAGAAUCUACUGGAAUCUCAAAUCUAGUACCUAAAAUCUCUAAAAUGGAC